AUGGUGUCCCCGAACAAUCCGAUCAGGCAGGGCAGUAGCGGCGGCUCUUUGAAAACACAUAUCCGUCACGAAAGCAUGCGCAUUUUCACGCUCCAAGCGCUGGAACGGCAACUUGCGGACGGAAACACUCGCGUUUGGUACGUGUUUUUUUUUUUGCGGACGAAGUUUUUUAAGCUAAGUUUUUAUUGUUUGGUCCUGCUAAGUAUAAGUUGUGCUAAGAAUACACAGGCCAGGCAAUUGUGUUCUAGGAAUUCACCCGGUUCGACGGAACGGAACAACCUCCAGUCCGUCGGAGCAUCCUCAUCUACAUCUGCUCCUCUGACUAGAACGUCCAGCCAGGCGGAACAAUCCGUCGCGACGAUAGCCAAGAAACUGUCGGCAACUCUCCGGCGAAUUCCAGCCGAAUUCAAGGCCGAAUUGGAAGUGAACCAUAUUCGAAAAGUCGUGAGCGAAGGGAGGACCACGCUAGAAACGAUCGCAUCAGCGAAACAGCAGCAUUUCCGUGUUCGAUUCCGAACGUCGAGGGAAUUAUCCGAUAGUUUAGUUCGAACAACCUCUGUUGUCCGGCGUAACAAAAUCAUCCUGGUCUACAUCUCUUCCUUUGAUAAGAACGUCCAGCCAGGCGGAACAGUCUGUCGCAACGACAGCCAAGGAAAACAGCAUUCCCGUUUCCGAUUGCGAACGUCGAGAGAAUUACCCGAUGUAUUCCGGUACAGCGGAAUAACCAUCCGAAGCAGAAGCGCCUACGAAUAAGAUCCUACCCCGGUUCGUUCGACGGAACAACCUCCAGUCCAGCGGAACAAAAGCAUUCCCAUCGACAUCCCUUCCUCUGACUAGACGUCUAGCUAAGCGGAACAAUCCACCGCGACGAUAGCAAAGGAAGUAAGUAUUCGGCAAACACCUUCGAAAAGGGAGAAUUCCCUCUAAAUCUUUGC